AACCUGCCGCGGAUGACACUCGAUUCACUUUCAUUGACUUUAGUGACGUCUUUUUCUAAGAGGUGAACUGUUCGUGCGACGUUCAUGAUCUGAGACGUUUAUUGCGACUGAUUGUUUGCCAGGAUUCAAAGUGACGAUGGCUGACAGUGAACAGAAAGCGAUGCAACUGCUGGCCGAGGCCGAGAAGAAACUCAAUUCGAAAGGUUUCUUCGGCUCUCUGUUCGGAAGUUCUUCAAAAGUUGAAGAGGCUGUAGAAUGUUACCAACGCGCUGCGAAUAUGUUCAAGAUGGCAAAGAAAUGGAGUUCGGCUGGCAGUGCUUUCUACGAAGCAGCAGAAUUACAUGGGAAAGCGGGGAAUCGACAUGACGCAGCUAGUAAUUUUGUAGAUGCUGCAAAUUGCUUUAAGAAAUCUAAUAUAAAUGAGGCUAUCAGCUGUUUGGUGAAAGCAAUUGAAAUCUACACAGAUAUGGGUAGAUUUACAAUGGCGGCCAAGCACCAUCAAAGUAUAGCCGAAAUGUAUGAAAGCGAUGCGGUAGAUCUUGAGAGAGCUGUACAUCAUUAUGAACAAGCUGCCGAUUAUUUUCGUGGGGAGGAAAGCAAUUCUUCUGCCAACAAGUGUCUUUUGAAAGUUGCGCAGUACGCUGCACAACUUGAAAAUUACGAUAAGGCUAUUCAAAUUUAUGAACAGGUUGCUUCUUCAUCUUUAGAAAGUUCUUUAUUGAAGUACAGCGCGAAAGAAUAUUUCUUCCGAGCGGCACUAUGUCACUUAUGCGUCGACGUUUUAAAUGCACAGCACGCGAUCGAACGCUACCAAGAGCAAUAUCCUGCAUUUCAAGACUCUAGAGAAUGUAAAUUAAUAAAGACGUUGAUAGAACAUUUAGAAGAACAACAUCUCGAAGGUUUCACAGAGGCGGUAAAGGAAUACGAUUCAAUUUCACGAUUGGAUCAGUGGUACACAACAGUAUUAUUACGCAUUAAAAAACAAGUUAACGAUAAUCCAGAUCUACGCUGAUCGGUUGUUCCGUCUUCGUACUAUUUCCUGUCGAUGAUAUUAAUCCAAGUCUAUGUGUAUUCUUUUUUAAGUCAUACCCUGCUUUCAGUGGAACUUGUAAAGUAGUUUCAUUUUUUAUACCUAAAUAUAUUUUUCAUAACACCUCCUUGCACAUUUGGCAACUAUUAUACGUUCGUCGAUUCAUUUAAUAUUUAUUCAUAGAAGGUUAUCAUCACAAAGAGUAUGCGAAAUGAACGUCAAGUAUUCUAUGGGAUAUACUAGUUCAAUAUGCCAUUAUAACUGGGCAUACAAUAAAUAUAGAAUUAAAUAAUAUUGGAACUUUGUUGAUAUUUAUAUUUAUAAAUAUAUAAAUAGCUUGCCAAAAAUAAGCGAUAGCUUGUGCGGUUUAAUUUCUACGCAUGCGACCGCGGUGAAUUAUCAUUCCAAAAAAAAAAGAAUAAUUGAUUUUCAUAAGUUGAGCGACUUCGGUAGAUGUGGUGCAAUCUUAUGCAUACGUAUAAUAUUUUUAAUAACUUACUAUUUCUUAUUAUCUAGUGAUUCGGAUUAAUUAUGAACAAUACGAUCGUCUGUUUACUGAAUGAAUUUUUAGGAAUAUCUCCUUUAAAAUUGUUACAACUACUUGAUAAAUUGUCAAUCGUUAUCUUUACACUGCCAGAGUAUCAAACUAACGAAUGUGGAGUGUGCAUUAUUUUUUUUGGUUUUUCUUAUUUAAACUUAUCUAUACAGAAUCAAUUAGUACUGCAUUAAUUUUUAUCAAUUUGCAAAAGAAUAAGAGAGGAAACGAUCACAAUAUGCAUUUAAGUAAGAAUAUAAAAAUUAUAUUUUACCCUACUAAGGUACGUCUAUAUUAAUGUUAAAUGUUUAUUUCACAAAUUGAUGUAUAUGAUAUUUAAGUCUAGAACUAGAUAUAAUGUAGUUCAAAUUAGAGAUGAACACAGCCUUUGAAAUGUUGCAAGUAUGUCUAAUUUAUUUUAUGUUUACUAUUACUUGUGAUUUCAUUACCUCUUCUUAUACUUAAAAUCAGUUCUAAUUUUUUAAAUAUAUUCUUCUGAUGUUUAUAUAAAUAUGUAAUAAAAAAAAAGUUCCAUUGUUAAGUAGGAGGAAUACAUUGCAAUUCGAAUGUAACAGGAACGGAAUUUGAAUGCACAUUAUUUAUGUUUCAUAAUUUUUUGAUUCGGAGAAGUGAUUGAAAUUGUAAAAAGAUCGUAUGGGCAGUUUGUUUUCGGUAGAAGGUCGCAGGAAUUAGAAGUAUGUAAGACGUAGAAUUUACUAUUGUACGUAAUCUUCCACGAAUAAGUUGUUUGUAUACAUUUACAUAUAUAUAUAUAUAGAGGUAUAUGCGUAUAUUAAUUCUACUUUGUCAAUCAAUGAGUACCACUCAUUUAUUAUUCAUUGGUUCCAACGUGAGCGAUAACUAUUUCUCUUAAUAGAAAUACUUAUGUUGUUUACACAAUUGAUGGUAACGCGAGGACACGAUCCGCUUGGCAACGUAAGAGUGUAAAUCUAUUUCUAAAGUGUGCAUCAAUAAUAUUCAGAUUUAUAUCCAACCAUACUAUGUACUACUAGACUAUACUGUAUCAUUUAAUAGUAUCGUUGUAGCACGAUCCAAGAAAUGACUAAUGCGGCCUUGUCCUUUGGAAACUCUGUUAAUUCGCGAAGCUUUGUCGAUAAACGACGGUGUUUCGAUAGGGAGAAUGCCCUGGACACGUAAUUGACUCGUUGAAGCGAACAAAUGUGUAAGAAUGUUUGUUGACCGUGUAUUUGAAAGUUUAUUUCAUUGUUUAUAUUUGUUACAUUCUUUUAUAUUGCGUCUGAGACUGACAUAUUGUUCUUUGUAAUCUGGAAAAGUCAGCGUGAACGUAUAAAAUCGAUACUCUGGAAACGUAUCCCCAACAGUUUUACAUUGCGCCUGUAAAGAUUUAUUUAUUUAUUUAUUCGUAUAAGCAUAUUGUACACAUCAUUUCUGAAACUGUAAUUAAAAUGAAACUACGACACGAUCGAUGUAGACCUUUUGUAACUUGACUGAUAUUGUGAUGCAGGGUGUCUCCGAGAUAUCCAUGAAAAUAUUUAUCAGAAAUGUUCCAUGAUACGUAUCAAUGUAAUGUAAGACACUCUAUGUGACAAAGAAAGUCAAAUUCAAAGCACCGCAGGUUUUUUAAUAGUAACGUUUACAUGCUUCAAGAGCUACACACACCCCACUUAUCGAUAAGGGCAAUAAUAUGUGCAACAAAAAGUAUUUAGAUAACUAGACUGCGGAUUGUAUGCAUUUCUAUCGGACUCUGAUUCUUAGAGCUUACAACGGCAGAAGGUUCAACAAUAUCCAAUGAAGCUUUUAUUUCAUUUCAUUUGAGAGUACAGAAUUGACUGCUUAACGUCACUGUCUGUGAACUAUAUUGUAAAAGUUAAUAUUCCCAUUAACAUCUGCAGUCUACUGAUAACCAUUUUAUAAGAAUGUCCUAUAUAUUAUGCAAUAAAAAUAAUUUAACACUGUACGCAAUUUUCCAAGCUGUAGAAUUGUAGUGGAAUAGACAAUACACGUAAGUUUUAUGAAACUCUGUAAUUUCAUGAAAUUACUUGUUCGAAGCAUGCAUAGUUCCCUUUUUGUUAUAGAAAACUUCUUUACACAGCAUUAACAUAAGAAAAGAAGUUGAAGCUUCUUCCGAGUUAUAUCCUGCGUAGUGGACGAUAUAAAUUAAUAAACUUACUUUGUAAAUAAAGAUAAUUGAUUACCAAAUCUA